GGCUCUUCGCCGUCAUCUUCGUCACGCGGUCGGCCGAUUCCAGCGUCGGCGGCGGUAGAUGUUGCACGAGAGCUCGCCUGCCACGCGUCCAUCGUACACGACACGAUCAGGUUCCUCACACAGCGCUUCCAGGACGGAAGCAUGGGCUCGCGCGGCGUCGGCGCGCUGCUCUUCGGUGUCCCCGGCGUCGGCAAGUCGCACUUUCUGCGCCUCCUCGCGGGUUCGAUUCCCAACGUGCGCUUCCAUUUUGUCACGUCGCCCGAUAUGUUUCAGACCAACGCCGGCGCGUCGGAACAGAAGAUUCUCGACAUCUUCCACGAGGCGUCGCGGGCGUCGUGGGCCGUCGUCGUCCUCGAAGACGUGGAUGCAAUCGCAGCCAAUUCCGAGACGGCGCUCGACAAGUCGGUGCUCGCAACGCUCCUCGCCGUGCUUCGGACACUUCCACGCCACGUCGCCGUCCUCGCAACGACGAACCGCAAGGAUGUGCUGGACCCUGCGCUCACGACGAACGGGCGGCUGGAUCUAUGCCUCGCCAUGGCGCCACCAACGCUGCUUGAGCGCCACGCCAUCUUGACUGUGAUCUGUCGGCAUCUUGACGUGCAAAGCGAUAUGCUCGAGCUCAUGGCACAGCGGACGUCGGGCUUUGUUGGUGCAGACCUGCUGAGCCUCGUCCGCGAAGCCGCCAUGGCGUCCGUGGAUAGCGGCGCCCCGGGGCGCCUUGCGGUGCACCACAUCGAGGCCGGGCUUCGCGUCGUGCGCCCGUCGGUGCUCCAGGGCCAAAAGACCGCCACCUCGCUGCUCGUGCCCAUGUUUGGUGUGGCAGAUGCGCUUCAGACACUCGACGUCGCGGUGGUCGGGCCGCUGCGCGACUCGUCGGCGUACCGGCGCAUGGGCAUCCCGCCGCCCCGGGGCGUCCUCCUCACGGGCCCGUCGGGGAGUGGCAAGAGCCACGCGCUCGCGUACGUUGCGGCGACAGUCGGUGCUCAUGCGACCGUCGUGCCGGUCAUGUGCACCGACUUGGUCACCAAGGUCGUCGGUGGCACGGAACAGGCGCUUUCGGCGCUCUUCGCCACCGCGCGCCUCGCGGCGCCCUGCGUUCUCCUUUUCGAUCAGAUCGAGAGUUUGGCGCCCGUCCGCGGCUUUGACACGAGCUCGGAGCAGACAUUCGACCGCGUUCUCUCGAUGUUGCUUCUGGAAAUGGACGGCGUCGGCUCGUCGUCGUCGGCGGCAGCCAUGCGCAAGAUGACGCACGAAGCGUUCCUGCGUCAGCACGUGGUGCUUGUGGCGACGACGACACACGCAAGCCAGCUCGACCCUGCCAUCUUGCGCCCCGGGCGCUUUGACCUCGAGAUUGGACUCACGUUUCCGGACGCCGACGCCCGGGCAGAGGUCAUCACCCACUUGUUGGCGCAGACUCCUGUCGCGAUCCAAGACCGCUUUGCAACAGCCGAGGCCUUCACGCAGUGGCUCGUCGCUGCGUCCGACGGCGCGUCCGUGGGCCAACUCAACGCGGUGUUCCAAGAGGCCGCGCUGGCCUGUCUGCGCAGCGACAUCCAUGCGACCAAGGUCGCCUUGUCGUACUUGGAAGAGGCGCUGCAGCAAGAGGUUGGCAAGGCGCGCGCUGUCGAGACACUGGAGAUCGAUGCGAGUGGAGCCAGCGACGAGGACGAGUAAGAUCAUGGGUCAACAACGAGGAUCGGAUUUACGCUUCUAUUACUACUACUAACGUUACGUGGGAUGGCUCAGCUUCGC